CUAAUCACUAAAAGUAAUAAACUAUAUUAAAAGUGUAAUACAUUAGUUGUUGAAUUACAAUUUAAUUUUCAGAGUCACCACAACUCAAAAUUUUGAGGUCAUUGAAAUCUCUAACUCUAUAUGCAACAACAUAUAAUUGACCAUGGAAAAAAAUUAGUUUCCUCAAUAACAAUUCAGCAUGAGAUAGUUUUUGCCCUUUGAUUUGUAUUGAUAAUUAUUGCAUAUGAAAAACAUUAUUAAAAUUGUGUUCUUUGGAAUUUGAAUGACAAUCUCGAAUUUGACAUGGUUAUACUCAUUCGAGGAACCAACGCCCUAUUUUAAUUAAUUUUAAAACAUAAAUUCUAUAUUAUUACAAACAUAAAACUAAAAAUAAAAAGAAUAAUUAUGUGAUAUAUAUAUAAUACAUAAUACAUAAAAUAUAAUAAUACUUAAAAAAAACAAUUCCAGGCUUAACCCCUAAGCCCUAGGCCAAAUUUCCCUUUCCGAGUUUUGACUCUACGUCUCUGUCUCUCGUUCUCCCAUCGCCACGACGCCAUCCGCCUCUGCAUCGACGCCGGCGACCACUCCAGCUCUGCAUCGACGCCGGUCACCGACUUCAUUCCCUCACCAGUCGCCAUCUGCCUCUAAUCGUCUCUCUGGAGUCUGGUCGGCUUCUGUGGUCUGCAUCUACUCCAUCGAGCCAUCGACGCCGGCUUCUACAGUCUACCUCUGGUGAUUCUGGUCGUCUCUUUGCCUCGCUGUCCUCACUCCGUCCGGUGGUCGCUACCCGCUGUUCGUCUGCACUGCACUCCUCUCCGUCUCGACUCUCCGGUCAUCUGCUGGCUACUAGAAAUUCAGAUGGCAUUUAGAGGGAGAGGACGAGGACGUGGUGGAUAUGGCGGUGGAUUCAGAAUAGCCAAGCAGGAAUCAUUCGAACUAUUUCCAAAAAUCAAUGAUGAGAACUUGGGUAAUGCAUCAACUGUGACUGAAAGGGUAUCUUUAGCAAGAUGGUAUUUGAAGUUGCAGAACUACUGGAAUUCCUCUCCUUACUAUCUUGGAGGUGAAAGCGAUACUUCAAAGAAAACAAAAAGUAUGGAUAUAGAAAGGUUUUCAGAUAAGAACUCUGAUAGAGCCAAGGCAAAGCGCCCACUUUCGGAUUUCAUUACAGUGGACCCUGCCUAUUUUCCUGGUGAAUUAGCUAGAGGUGGGAGAACAGGAAGGCCUGCUGCAAAAAGAGUUCGCUGGAGUGAAGGCCAAGAUUUGCAAAAACUGGAUGUCUUUGAGAAGCUUGAACAGAAGUCCAAGGGCCAGGGUGAAAAGAAAACAAAUGAAGGUGAAGAUGAGGAGGAAGAAGAGGAGAAUAUCGAAGAAGAAGAGGAAGAGGAUGAUGAAGAUGGCGACUAUAUUCAGCCAUUUGAUUUCGAUGAUGAUGAAGAUGACUUCAAUAUUGUUGAUGACAAUGAUGAUGAGGGAGGUACCUUCUGAAAGAUACUGCUUCAAUGAUUUUGCUAGGAGUACAUUUUAUUGGCACUUUUAUUAUUAUUAUUAUUAUUAUUUUUAAAUAUCUAUAGGGUAUUUUAUACUUACAGAAUUUAUUGUAUAUUAGCAUCCUGGUUUAGCAGUAAAAAAAGUUUUUCAAUUAAUCUCGAACGAUCAAACAUACAAAAUUGAAAUGAAUGUUACACUUGUCUGCAGA